UAUCGUCGAUCCUUAAUUCUAUAUUCGAUCUACCUGUAGUUAAGUGGAAUUUUAUUUGUCACAGAUAAUUUUCAUACUGGUCAAUGUCAAAUUACACAACAGUUAUUACAGACAUAUGUCUUACAAUAUAAUUUGCAUUAUAACCAAUUAGUUUCUCGCAAAAUAAAAUGGUUAAUAUUUAAAUUCAUAACACAAAAGUUAUGGUGAUCAUGAUAUUAUACUGUUCUGUGUCUUAAAGAGAACUAUUAGUAUUUCCAAAUUAUGGUCCACUGAGACUGAGUGCUCGAAAUGGCUACCUAAUUCCCAUUUUCAAAUUAUUAUUAAUUAACUAAAGUAUUCUACAAGAGAGGAAAAGGAAGACUUUAUAAUGUUUGUAAUAUAUAGGAAGUGUAUGAUAUUGAUAAAAUAGAGCUUGCCUCUAAAAGAAGCUUAGCUAUUUGCAAGAUACAGCUUUUCUUUUGUUAUGGUGGCUAUGCAAUUGUUUAUUUUUUGGAAUUUAAUUAAUAGAUAUUGAAACAAGCAUCCCUUUUCCAUGAAAGUAUUACCAAUGUGGUGCUUAUAAAAAUACAUAAUAAAGGAUGGCAAUAUUUCUAUACUUUUAUCCUUAACAUUUUAUGGUUAUUAUAAUGGACGUAUCAUGACAUCAUUCUUCAGGGAUUGUAAAUAAUAACAGUACAUAUAUCGGAUGCAACAUAUAAAGUAGAAAGAUGGAUAGUUCCGAGUAUGAGACUGUACGAAAUAUGACACUUUUAUUCUUUUUCGAACUCCUUGUGGAAAAAGGUGGGCCACGCACGUUGCAUGAUUUAAGCUGCCAGUUCGGAGCUAAAGGAUUUACUAAAGAAAUGCGCCAAAUAGCUGGCGGAUCUCAAAGUGGUCUUAAAAAGUUUUUAGCUCAAUAUCCUAUGCUUUUUCUUAUCGACGGCGAUUAUGUGUCUGUAAAUACGUUUCAACAAGUUGUAGAAGAAGAGAAUGGAUGUAAAUUAGGUGGCAAACGUGAUUAUGCGCGAGAGGCUGUAGAAUAUUUUACAAAUAAGUUGCUGCAAUAUGGAGUUGGCACAGAGGUACCAAUUAAAAGCCUUUUGGGACAUCGGUCUCAGGCCUCUCCCGAAGUUAGGCAUAUUUCUGGCCAACAUUACAAAGAAUUUAGGGAUUUUCUCUUAAAGUAUCCUGAUGCUUUUGUAGUUACCGAAGAUGAUGUAAUAUUAAAGCAAUAUGAAGGCAUGAAACCAGAACCUAUGUUAAAAUUAGAACCAGAUAUACCUAUGGAUCCAGAUGUUACUGCAAAAUUAUUAGAUUUCCUUUGUGAUCGCAUAGAACAUAAGGGUCCAAUUCUUGUGGAUCAAAUGUUCAACAUAGUCAACGAUAAAUUUUUUUAUGAAAAUUGGACUUCCAUAUUUAAGACACCCCAGGAUUUAUGUACAUUUGUAAAAAUGUUCCCAGACGCAUUUCAUGUUCAAAGCAAUUUGGUAACAUUAAUUGGAAGACCUAAAUCUUUUACAAUAGAGGCAAAGACAAAAGCAAAACUUGCAAAUUCUAUACGAAGCCAAAAUAGUACCGCGAGUCAAACCACUACAAAUCCACCUGUUCAGUUGAACAGAUGCGAAUCAAGCAAUACUCAAACAUUGCAGCAACCAAUUAAUUCAGAAUCUAUUAGUACUAAUGUAAUUAAUCAAGUUGAUCCUGUACAGAGUCCUUAUCCUCAAGGGAAUGAAAGUAAUAAUAACUCUCCUCCGGUAAGCUUACAGCAACAAACUUUAAAACAGAGAAUAAAUACACUUGUGAUGAAGACUUUGGCAGAUAAUACAGAGAAAGAUCGCAGUUUGCACAAUGUCCAAAUGGGGGAUGCAUGGAAAUUAAAAGUAUUACAACAAGCUAGAGUAAUUGUAAAUCCAAGGGAAAGUCUUCAAAUUAUCGAAGAUAUAAUAAAUCCUCGUAAGCUUCCCGCUGACGGCAAAAUUGUUGUUUCGCUUGACUGUGAAGGUAUAAACUUAGGAGUUAAAGGAAAAGUAACACUUAUACAAAUCGGUACUAUGUUUGGACAAGCAUAUGUAUUUGACCUGUUUACGUGUCCUACUCUUGUACAAGCUGGGGGACUUCAAAAACUUCUAGAGCACGAAAAUGUUAUUAAAGUAAUUCAUGAUUGUAGAAACGACAGUGUCAAUUUGUAUACACAGUUCAAAAUUUUGUUAAACAAUGUUUUCGAUACGCAGGCAGCUCAUGCCGUGCUUCAGUUCCAAGAAACAGGUAAACCUGUAUAUAAAGUUAAGAAUGUUAAUUUGAAUACACUAUGUGAUCAAUAUGGUGCUCCAUGUAAUCCAUUAAAGGAACAGUUAAAAAAUAUUUAUCGUAAUAAUCAAAAGUACUGGUGUCGGCGUCCACUAUCACGAGACAUGCUUAUUUAUGCUUGCAGCGAUGUUUUAAGUCUCGUUCCACAUAUAUAUGUUGCUAUGGCUAAACUUAUAAAACCAGAAAUGCAAGCUCUGUUUGCUGAGCUCUGUGAAGAGCAAAUUCAAAUGCACAUUCAGCCUACAAACGUAAAAACACGUAAGAAGCAACGAAAGGUGGAAACGGAGGUCGCAGACUUGAAAAAGAGAAUGGAAGAAACAACUGCCAAAAACAUUGUACUAAGUAAUCGCGAAAUACGUCUUUUACGUUACUUAGAUCUUACCGAAGAUGAAAAGGAAAAACUGAAAGGUAGUUACAAAGUUGCAAGGAAAUUGGAGAAACUUGAGAAUAUGGGCCAAGAUAAAGGAGAUAGCAGCGACGACGACGACGACGAUAAAGUUGAUGAUACCGAGUAUCAUAGUAUGGAAAGUUAUACCUCUGAAAAUUCACAUUCUGGUGGUAUACUUUCACCAAGAAAUUCUGAUACUCCUAGCCUUACAGAAUCAAUGCAGAUGGUUGACGAAAUACUUUCUGAUGAACGAAUGGACCGAUUUGAAAAAAUCGAAAAAUUGGAAGCAGUACUUUCAGCUGUUACUGGUUCUGCAGCCAUCGAUCAGUUUUCUUCGAGUAGUGUAGACGCUUCUCCAACGAAGUGUGCGUGUUCGUAUCGAGAUAGAAACAAGAGUCCACGAACAGAUGAUAACAUUGGAAGUAGCGUGGGUUGCCAAACGUAUAGUACAGGUGAUAUAGUAAUUACCAAAAUAUAUCUCACAGAGGAAGACCAAGAACGUAUAAAAAUGAAUACAUCAAACAAAUAGAUGUCAUAUGUGGAAGUGCCUGCUGUGCAAGUGGUAGAAACAAUGUUGCCAUUACUACAAUUUUAAUGAAAAAACGAGUGGACGACGAAAAAUGAAAGAAGUAGUUAAAAAUUAAUCUAUUUUACCUAAUUUGACAAAAUUGUAAUAUUCAGUUACAUCAAUCAAUUAAAAUUGAACCCUAGAUACAUAUAUUUUUCCAAAUCUGAUGCUAUAGUAAUCAGAAUUUAGGAAGAAUUUGCUUCUUAUAAAAAAAAUGCAGUAUUGUAAAAUGUUUACUUUUUAAUAGAUUACCUUUCUUUGCAGGAGUAUAAGAAAGAAUUAAUCAAAUUAUAUAGUAAUACGCAGUUACAAAACAAUAUUUCUUUAUUAACAAGAAUAUUUAAUGAAUUAAAAAACACUAAUGUUGUUUUUCUGUAUGUAGAAUAUUUUUCUAAUUUUUAAUGUAAUUCGUAUCAAGAGGAAACGAUAGAAUUGCGUUAUACGCAAAAAAUGUUUUGUUUUUGCAUAAAGUGCUGCAUUAAAAUCACUGUUCUAUAUCAUAUACACUUUCGUAAAUGUAUACAAAACACUUUCUGUUUCAUUAAAAAAUAUUUUUGAUAAAGUUCAUCGUAAAUAAGUACAAUAAGUGCAAAUACGUAUAAUGGAAUUUUACACGUUUAAUAUACCUAAUUUUCUUAUAGUCAUAUUUGUGCCAAGCUCUAACACGAUAUAUCAUGUGCAAUUACUAAAAUAGUAAGAAAAUUUUGCAUAUUUAUUAUUCGUUUUGACAAUAAAUAAUGUUUGCAAACUACUCGUUAUUAGAGAAAUCCAUUUUAAAAGUGACUAUACAUAUAUGUAUGUAUUACAAGUGUACGUAUUUUACAAAAAUUUAUUGCUAAAUAAGCACAGGUAAAUGUAAUUAUAUUAAAAUACAGCUGUUUUUAAUGCAAUACUUUCCAAGACAUGAUGUAAUGCAUCUGUUUAAAUAUCAUAUUUUCCCUUCUACCAGGUGAAAAAAUAUCUGGAAAUCGUUAUUUGUAAAAAUGUUUGUUCAAGGAAGUUGUAGAAUACACAUCAAUGAAAUUUUUAUCUUCGAAAUAGUAGGAUGGUAAUUAUUUUAAUAAUCCGUUUACAUUGUUUUCUUUUUUUAUAAAUAGUUCUUUAUAACUAGAAAAUUACAUACAUUUCUAAAUACAGCCCCAUGACUGCAGUAUAUCUUAAACUGUAUUGUUAUUGCAAAAUAAUUGUAAACGAUGCAUUUGCAUGUUUGUUCUUUUUAAGAUCAAUAAGCUUGUUGAUAUUAUCCAAUAUUUAUUAUCACACAUACUGGUAUAUUUUCUAAUAAUUUCUUUUUAAAGAUAACGCUGGUCAAUACAAUAUUAACAGUAUAAACUAGAGUCAAGUGCCUUAUUUGUACUAAUGCAUUUAAGUCGUUUUAAUUUAAUGCAUGAUUAAUUUAAAAAAAAGUGACAAAACUAUUUUACCAUCAAUAGUAGAGAAUGUUGUUAAGAGUAAUUAAUUUAUUGCAUUAAAAAACAUCGAAAGACGUGCAUAAUAAAUAUUUUGUGAAACUA